AAAAAAGCCAAAUCCCUUCCUAGUUUCCUUCUACAACGUUCCGCUUUUUCUCUGCCUUUCCCUGCUGCUCUAACUCCCAACCCCACCAGUCGUCACCACCUCAUUUUCCUUCAGUUUACGGAGAAAAAUCCCUCCGGAGAAACCCACUGAAGCACUCGUUCCAUAAGAAAGAAAGACCUCAAGAUGCUGUCCAGAGUAAACGGCGUCUGGAUGGAUGAUAGAGAGGACCAUGAUCCUGCUUCGUGGGCCAGAACCACCAACGACGCUAACACCACCAACAGUUGCGGUGUGGCAGAGAAGAACGAGCACGACUUGGGUUCGCUCUCCACCUUCAAGUCCAUGCUUGAAAUCGAAGACGACUGGUAUAAUAUGGCCAAUAAUACUCUCCAAAGCCACACUGAUAUCAGAGAUUUAACUUUCUCUCCCAACCUUGCUGACCACCCAGACAAUCUAUUGCUAAACCCAGUGGACUCCUCCUCUUCUUGCUCUCCAUCUUCCUCUGUUUUCACCAAUCUCGACCCCUCUCAAGUGAAUUACUUUUUGCCUCCCAAGCCCACUUUGUCCUCGCUAAUUAACGGCCUCUCGAGCAAUCCUUUAGAGAAUGGAUUUGAUUUGGGAUGCGAGGUUGGGUUUCUUGAAGCCCAAACUUCCAAUGCUUCCACUCUGCUGAACAGGGGAGGUGGGGUUUUGAGCAACUUCUCCGAUUUGAGCACCAAUUCUCAGAUUAAUGCUCCCAGUAUAUGCUCGGGCUCCCAACUUCGUCUGCCAAGUUUUCCCGAAACAGGUGCUGGGUUCGUGGGGUUUAAGGGUUUCGAUGGGGGUUCUGGGAAUGCCCUGUUUAUGAACAGGUCUAAGAUUCUGAGACCCCUCGAGUCUUUCCCUUCAAUGGGCGCGCAGCCCACUCUUUUCCAAAAGAGAGCGGCUCUAAGGAAAAACAUAGCGGAUAGUAGUGGCAAUUUGUCGAUUUCGACUUCGGUUGAGGGAGAUAAGGGGAAGACAGAAACCCAUGAACCGGGCGAGGGAAAGAGGAAACUGAGCAAUGGGGAUGAUGUGGAAGAUGCUAGUUUUGAUGGCUCUGGUCUGAAUUACGAUUCGGAUGAGUUCAUGGAGAACGAUAAGGCGGAGGGCAAUGCCAAGAACACUGGCGGGAAUAGCUCCAACGCCACUAGUACGGUUACCGGUGGAGGAGAGCAAAAGGGGAAGAAGAAGGGCCUCCCUGCUAAGAAUUUGAUGGCCGAGAGGCGCCGCCGGAAGAAGCUUAAUGAUAGAUUAUACUUGCUGAGGUCCGUGGUUCCCAAGAUUAGCAAAAUGGAUCGGGCUUCAAUCCUUGGUGACGCAAUCGAUUACUUGAAAGAACUACUGCAAAGGAUUAAUGACCUCCAUAACGAAUUGGAGUCGACCACUCCUGGCUCUUCACUGACACCUACCACAAGCUUCCACCCUUUGACUCCCACUCCACCUGCCCUACCCAGCCAUAUCAAGGAAGAGCUUAUUCCCAGCUCGUUGCCCAGCCCAAAUAGCCAAGCUGCAAGGGUGGAAGUUAGGUUACGAGAAGGAAGAGCUGUAAACAUCCACAUGUUUUGUGGGCGCAGGCCUGGUCUCUUGCUCUCCACUAUGAGGGCUCUGGAUAACCUUGGAUUAGACAUCCAACAAGCUGUCAUAAGCUGUUUCAAUGGCUUUGCUAUGGAUAUAUUCCGAGCUGAGCAAUGCAAGGAAGGGCAGGACGUCCAUCCUGAGCAAAUCAAAGCAGUACUUUUGGACUCUGCCGGUGUCCAUGGAAUGAUGUAGUUCGAAAGUUACGACUCAAGUUUAAGCAAUUACUCUUGAAUUAGUGAAUUAGGAGGCUGGUAGUUAGUCCUCAAUCACAACUGCAUUUAACUGAAAAUCUGUAGUCAACCUUUUAUCGUCGUUGAAAUAAUUGCCCUAUUUUU